GGCGUCGAUGAAGAAGAAGACUCAAACGCCGAACUCCAGGCCAUCAUAGACGUCGUGUCAGCCGAACAAGUAGAGGAAGCCGCGAAAGAAGCCGAAGCCGCAUAGAUCGCGCAUGUCAAGGACAUUGCCAGAAUCGCCAACGACGUUUCCGUAACUGGCGACGAGGUAGACUCCGUAAUUGGCGACGAGGUAGACUCCGUAAUUGGCGACGAGGUAGACUCAGUGGUCGGCGACCGAGAAGGGGAAACCCGUGUCAACUCUCCCGUCAGCGACGAUGCUGGCAACGAUGAGCAACCCACGACUCCCGCAUUAAGAGAUCCGUCCCAGCCCAAGAAACUCCACAUGAAAGUCCGAUUUAACCUCGGUGGUGGCGUCGAAGUCGCGCCAGGUGAGUUGAGCGACGGGGCUGCUGCGACUGAGCAGGUGGAAGAGGAGGAAGAGAGGGCGAGGCGUAGGAUGGGGCUGGAACGGGAUAGGGAGGCGGAUGAGGUAGAGAAGAGGAGGAGGUUGUUUGUUUCGGAGGAGGAGGAUGAUGCGUGGGAUGGGACAUUUAGUGAUGAGGAGUUGGAUGUGGAUGAGGAGGACGAGGACGAGGAUGGAGAAGACGAAGAGUCAGCUGGUGAUGCUGGGAGCGAGACGGAUGAUGAAAAGGAGAGUGAGGUUGACCGAAGUGGAGAAGAGGAUGAGGGCGAGGGGCAAGAAGCUGAGGUGAAAGAGAGUGAAAGAGAAGUAGGCGAGGAGAAGGAAGAUCAGGGCAGAAUCGAUGAGUUGAUGGAUGAUUGAGUGAGGUGUGUUGGAGACGUGGUUAGCGAUAGUCUUGGGACAUCCAUUGCAUGAAUCUGGUU